AUGAUUAGCCUACAACAUCAUACAACAUGGGGGAUCCAGCUGUUGGCGGUCAUGAGCAUUGCUGUACUUGCGCCACGACCGGGACUUGCAUUACCUUGCGCGGCGAAUUGCACAAAGUACGGAACUUGUAACUUGGAGCUGGGCAGGUAUGGAUCUUGGCGCACAUCGGUCACAAUGUACGGCUUUCCUGUCGCACGCACGGCCAGUAGCUACUUCCCUGGUGCCCGGUCGCGACAGCCCGUAAGGAACAUAGUGAGGAAGUGCGGCUUUCUGGGCUUCUUCACUGUCGAGGAUUGCCUGGCGGAGUAUCCGUUGCGGUGUAUGAAUGCCUGCAAUAAACGAGGCAGAUGCAUCAAUGGCUGGUGCCACUGCUAUGAAGGUUACUACGGGGCUGAUUGCUCCUUGUCACUGGACGCCAAUGGCAGUGAAGGCCAGAACAGCUCUCUGGACUGGGAUUCGUACCCGCACCUGGUGGCCCUAAGAUCUACAUUUAUGAGCUGCCUCCGAAGUUCACCACGCAGUAAGGACUGGAAUAGUUUUGAGGGAGAGGUCGGAAAGGGGCUUCGGAAGGGAGGUGGGUGGGGAAAGCGUCGCACCUCAGCGAACGUAAGAAUGGCGGUACUAGAGGUACGAGGGAGUAAGAACUUGGAGAAGUUCGACCGGCCGCUGUACGCGCACAUCUGGAAGCGCAUCAUCAGCUCGGGGCACCGCACCCUUAACGGCGGCGAGGCCGACUAUUUCUACAUUCCGGUGGAUUUCAGGCACAUGUUCUCGGAGGCAUUCGAGGUGUUGGAGUACGUGCAAGCGACAUGGCCGUUCUGGAAUGCGACGGGGGGCGACCUGGGCGGCUGUGAGGGCAAGCAGCUGAUGUUGCUCCGGAACCUGACUUCCGCCGCCAUCUGGCUGACCCCCUGGGGUCUUACCCGCAAACACCCCCGCGUGUGGUGGCCGGGGUGCCACAGACCCGGACAUGACAUCGUGAUUCCGGUACUGGCUCAAGCCAACAACAUGAUCAUGACGCCACUGAACCCCAAGGUGAAACCCCUGCCGAGAAACACCACCUUCUACUUCGCGGGAAAGAUUUGCGGUGACAACAAGGACCCCAAGGAGGACACCUCGUCAUGGCCCAUUUGCCAGACACCGAGGAACCCGCUGUACAGCGCAGGUGUACGGCAGCUGGUGUACUUCUACCACUCCAAGCGCGAUGGCUUCGUGGUACGACCCCGUAGCUCGUCGUACGUACGGGACAUGUCCACAUCCAAGUUCUGUUUGGCGCCCACGGGUGGCGGCCAUGGCAAGCGGCAGGUGCUGGUGGGGCGCUACGGCUGCAUCCCGGUGCCCAUCACCGACUAUGUGCUACAGCCCUUUGAGCCCGAGCUGGACUGGCCCGCGUUCAGCGUCACAGUCAAGGAGGAGGAUGUGCCCAACCUGCACACCAUCCUUGCGGCCAUUAACGACACCAAGCUGGCGGAGAUGCAGAGAGCGCUAGCGUGUGCUGCGAAGCACCUGUGGUACAGCUCCAUGUGGGGGGCCAUAUUUGGAGAGGAUAGCCGAUAUGACGCAUUUGCGACACUCAUGGAGAUCCUGAGGGUGCGGUCGCUGUACCCCCACGCCCAGCCCCACGAGUACCGCUCACUGGAUGAGAGGUUCCGCCGAUUCGCCAACUGCGAGCUGGAUAACGAGCCGCCGCAGAGGUUCCAUUUAUGUACGUACGGUUUGGAUCCAGGACUGGAGGCGUACGCACCCACGCCGUACUGUGACUGGCGGCCGUAUAUGAAGUACGGCAUUCCGGGUGGCGCGAUCUGCGAAGGAGCACCCAAUGUGGCGCAAUGUCCGCGGCCGUGGCAAUAAUGCAUGGCCGUACGUCGCGCUUCGCAGUAGCAGCAGCUCGCGCUUUCCUAUUACCGGCUUUUGUAUAUGAAUCG